CUGUCAGGUUGACCCAAACCUGCCUCCUUUUGGUGGUGUUUGUCGGGAUCGCAACACAAUAGCCCGAGGAGAGCCUCCCCUCGUAAGCUCCGAUUGGCUGGGCUCAACCUUGGCGGUUUCUGAUUGGUCCAAUGAAGAAACACCAAGGUAGGUUGCCUAGCGAUCCUGAGGAAGCUGAUGUGUUAUUCCUUCUCUGCAUCGAAGGAUCAGGAAGUUUGUGCUCUCUGCGUGGCUGAGAAGUUUUUCUACCUACUAGGACGGGGGGGAAGAGGGGGAACAGGUGUCCCCCUAAAACAGAGCGCAAGCUGCAGCCUGCGUCGGGCCGUAACCCAGGAGUAACGUCAGUUACAACGUUAAAGACAUUGUGCUAGUUGCUAUGGAGACUAUAAAAACCCAAGAAGACAAUAUCCCUGCCCUCAAGAAGUUUACAGUUGAGAGACAGCCAUACCAAAAGAAAGACUAUAAUAAAUACUUUAAAGGAUAAACAGGUGAGAAUGACCACUUUAACUCACCGGGCCCGUCGCACUGAAGUAGGCAAGAACUCUGAAAAGAAGGUGGAAAGUGAGGAAGACACUAAUCAAGACAAGAGUCCAGACAAUGAGGACUCUGGUGACUCUAAGGAUAUUCGCCUCACCCUUAUGGAAGAAGUAUUGCUCCUGGGACUAAAAGAUAAAGAGGGUUACACGUCUUUCUGGAAUGACUGCAUAUCAUCUGGCCUGCGAGGGGGCAUCCUGAUAGAGCUGGCCAUGCGGGGUCGAAUCUAUCUGGAACCCCCCACCAUGCGUAAGAAGCGACUACUGGACAGAAAGGUAUUGCUAAAGUCAGAUAGCCCAACAGGAGAUGUUUUACUGGAUGAAACUCUCAAACACAUCAAAGCAACUGAACCCACAGAAACCGUCCAGACAUGGAUAGAGCUACUCACAGGUGAGACCUGGAACCCCUUCAAAUUACAGUACCAACUGAGAAAUGUGAGAGAACGAAUUGCAAAGAACCUAGUAGAGAAGGGUAUUCUAACCACAGAGAAGCAGAAUUUCCUCCUAUUUGACAUGACUACUCAUCCAGUGACCAAUACAACAGAGAAACAGCGACUAGUGAAAAAACUUCAAGAUAGUGUCCUAGAGCGGUGGGUGAAUGACCCCCAGCGUAUGGACAAACGAACACUAGCGCUCCUGGUGCUGGCCCACUCCUCUGACGUGCUAGAGAAUGUCUUCUCCUCUCUGACAGAUGACAGGUAUGAUGUGGCAAUGAAUCGAGCCAAGGACUUAGUAGAACUGGACCCUGAAGUGGAGGGGACAAAGCACAGUGCCACAGAGAUGAUCUGGGCUGUGCUGGCAGCCUUCAAUAAAUCCUAAAGCCAGUGGGUGGAUUUCUCCUUUUUCCCCUGCUGGCUCGUGACUGUCAGAGACACCACACGGAGUUUUGUGUGAUGAGAUGUUUUUCAUCGUUUUUUGUUUGUAUUUUUUUUUCCUUCUCUUGAAUCAGACUUAUGAUUUGGGGAGAGCCAACUUCAGGGCUUCUCCAUAAACCUUGACCAUUGUAAGCAGACUUUAUUUCUCCCUAAAUUUCCACUGCAGAGGUGAAUAAACUAGGUGAAUACACACACACACACACACACGCAAUUAUCACUUUCUCUCAUUCCUGGUUUGCUUCCAUCCAGUGUGCUUUUGGAUAAACAGGAAUAUCUAAGUGGGAUUUGGAGUUCUCCAGCCACAAAAUGUGAAUGAGAUGUAGAGCAAACCAUUAAUUAAGAUUUCUAAGGUUUGUUUUCUAUCUCUUUUUUUUUUUUAAGUGGACUCCACAUCCAAUAUGGGACUUGAGCUCAUUACCCUGAGACUAAGAGUUGUAUGCUCUAUCAACUGAGCCAGCCAGACGCCCUGUUUUCUAUCUUAAAUACACGUUUUCACAGUCUUUGUCUCUCAGACUCUACUAAGGAUUGUAGUUAUUGAAAUAACUGUCUGGGCAGUAGAAACAAAACUAAUUUUUGGAGCAGAUGGUCUCUGGGAUUAUAUGUCCCACUAAUGAUUUUUCAGCUUUCCUUUUCUAACCUAAUGAGAAUAUUGCAAAUUUGCUUACCUGGUUCUCACAGUCCUAGAAUCAGAAAUAUGUUCUGUACUCUCUCUUAGCAUUAUCCUACUCCCUCAUUCAUCAGGGCAAAAGUCUGAAUGAAAAAAAUGGGUCUCUCAGCCACGUCCUUCAUACAAUCAGCAUUCCAAUUUAUAAGGGAGGGAGGUGGCAUGAGAAUUUCCACCCUUUAGCUCAUGAUUGUCCUGAUUCCUCCAGAUUUACUCUAUAUGUCUCUGCUCUGAUCAAAUUGAGGGAAUUAUAAAUUUCAGUUGCCUAAUAGCAGCAUCCUGAGUCCAGACAGUGUAUCUAAACUCCAGAUCUUCUUGUUCCCUGUUUUUGGCUUCCUUCAUAAAUUGAUAGAUUCUGUCCAUAUUUAAGGGUUCUAGAAGUAGUUUUGUCUGUAUUUAGUCCAUAGAUAACCUCCUAGUCAUUAGUCUUGUUUCAAUAUAACCAUCUUUCUAGCCAAAUCUCUCAAAACUUUUCAGUUUUUUCAAUUCAGUAGUGAGUGCUAAGAGAAGAUUAAGAAAAAUACUAUUUUGAUGGGCAAUUUGGUAUGAAAUGCAUGUUGACAUAAAGUCUACUAUUUGAGAAUAUAAAGAGGACAGGCACCAAGUUGUGCUAAAUUCAGGCAUUUACUAUGCAAAUAUUUUUUUAAGAUUUGUUUAUUUAAUCUCUACACUCAACAUGGAGAUCUACACUCAGCUUUUGACCAUUACAGAGAAGCAGGCUGUCAAAGGGCUCAUACAGACAACCCAGACCUGAUAUCAACUCUUCCUGAUCUGAAACGAAUGAAUGAUUGUAACUUUGAUCUCCUCCCCCAAACCUGUGUAGCCCCACGGAAUUCCCCAAAUCAACAAUCAUUGUUUUUGUUUUUCACUUUCAGGUAUUGCUUAUAUGACUAGAAAUACGAAUUUUAGCAUGAAAUGAGUUCUAAACGUGCAGCUGAGUAGAGCUUCAGUUUGGCACUCUGAAAGUACAAAAGCAGUCCAUGUGUUGUCUCUACGUGGCUUAGUUUUCCUUUCUGAACCAGGUUUUGUUCUGGAAAGUGUCAGCUUGAUUGGGGGGUAGAAGUCGAGUUCUUUCUUGCAACACUUGGUCAGUGUUUAUUUUUAUGUUGUAUCUCAAUGAGAAUGUCUUCAGUUUGAAUCUGUAUAGUAUUCUCUGCAAAACACCUUCUUUAAUGCAUAGGGUUUUCACAUUUCUGUAUAAUAAAUAAUUAUUGGUUUUCUGGU